AAUAUCCCACGUUCCCUCUCCAUCUCGUCUACACGUCUUCCUUUCAUUUACACUGCCCCAUUUCCAUCUCCAAUUACUCGUAACCACAUCUGCCGGAUUCCUAAUCGCCGGCGACAAUGACGUCGUACGGCACAAUUCCGUCGUCAUCCGACGGAGGUUCUUCAAAGGUCGAGUUCCUAUCCCGCGCAAAAGAACGCAUACAAACAGGACUCGGUGUAUCACGGCCGUGGAAACAGAUGUUCGAUCUACAUUCGAUCAACAUACCUCACGGCUUCGCUGACGCAAUUUCACGGAUCAAAACGAACUUCGGUUACUUUCGUAUGAAUUACGCGUUGAUUGUGCUCGUAAUUUUGUUCUUAAGCUUGUUGUGGAAUCCGAUCUCGUUGAUCGUUUUCGUUGUGUCGAUGGCGGCCUGGUUGUUCCUCUACUUCCUCCGUGACGAGCCUCUUGUGAUCUUUCACUACACGAUUGAUGAUCGUGUGGUACUGGCGGUUUUAUCAGUUGUGACGGUAGUUUUGCUGCUGUUGACCGGCGCCACGAUGAACAUAAUCUUGUCCGUUUUGAUCGGACUGGCGGUUGUGGUGGUUCACGCAGCUCUCAGGAAGACGGAUGAUUUGUGCUUAGAUGAAGACGGCGUCGAGGCAGGCGGAUUUUUGGCGGCUUCUUCGCCAUAGAAGAUAGUUUCGAAGAAGUCGUUUGCACAAUAUCUGGGUUUGUUAAUUUACAGUUUUAGUGAUGAUAUUGAGAGCUUGAUUUAUGCGUCGCAAAUGUGAAUGUGAUGUCACUCAUUUCUGUAUCCUGCGUGUUUAAAUUUGAUUCAUUUUUAGGAUGUGUUUGGUUUUUAAUUUUGAUCAAAUGCAAAUGGAAGAAAAGGAGGGUGUAUUUUUAUUA